CCUCCCUCCUUGCAUCACCCCUACCCUCUUUUGCUCUCCCCGUUCCCCCUUUUUACCACCUUUCUCUUCCUUGACAUCUCAACUGCCCUUUUUCUCAUCCCUGGAGCCUUCCUUCCUCCCGUCACCUCUCCCUUUGUUCCAGUUACAAGCAGGACUAAGCUAG